ACACGCAGACUGCAUAGUUCUUAUUAGUUUGUAUCAUUUUAUAAAUCAUAAAAAUGCGUUAUUUUCUACUGUCAAUCUCCGCUGUCAAUGUCAAGAUAAUUAACGCGGGAGAAUCGCGAUAAACUGGAACAUAAAGUCUAUUUGUUAUUUCAAUUCGCAUUUAAAUCUAAGAAAUAUCUAUUGUGCGAAUGUGUUUUUAUACAGCAACAAUAUAACAUGCCUAAAGUGUUAAGUUUGAAAAAGGCCCCUGUGAACAAACAGAAAUCUAUAAGCCAGUUUUUUAAAACUACCCCGCCCGUUAAAACGCAAGAUAUAUCAGAACAACCAAAUAAAAGGAAGGCUUCAUCGCCUGGUGUAUCAGAAGACAAUCAAUGUAAUCAAGAUAAGAGCUCGUAUUUUGAAACAAAUGGCUUGUGUAAGAAUGUUUCUAAGAAACCGAAAAUUGAGUGUUGUAACAGUCCCCUAAAAUCACACAACAAUGGAGUUUCUGAAACCAAUAGGUCACCAAAGAAAGAAUAUUUAUGCACAAAGGAAUCUCAUAUAAAAUUACUAGUCGAUGACAAAUCAGAAUUUAUUAAAAAUGAUACUGAAAAAGCUAAAAGCAGAUCUCCAUUAUUGCCACUUGGUAUUGAUAAUAAUGAAUCAGAAAAUAAAAAAAUUAUAUUAGAAAACCAAAAUCAUGUAUCAUGUAAAGUUAAAACUCCCAUUAAGGAAUCACCAAUGAAAAAUCAUGUUCAUAAAAGUUCUGGUAGCUCUGAAAAAAAGAAAAAUUCAACUCCCAAGAAAAGUCCUAGACAAGGCUUUCAAAAUUCACCAUCAAAUAAAUCAAGAUCACCAGGUCAUAGAGAUUUAACAAAAUAUUGGUCACCAUCAAAAUGUGGUUCUACCGCAAAAGUAUUGGAAUUUAAUGACAUUGAGUAUUGUGAUGCAUUUGGUGAUGAAUGGCAAAUUGAUAAUAUUGAGAAGGUUUGUAAAGAGGACUUGGACCUCAGCACUAUGCAAAGAUGUGAAGUGAUAGAUGUAACACAUCAUGCAAAAAACUUAGAACUGAAACUCAAGAAUUCUAACAAUAAUGAAUGCACUUGUAUUAUUGAAGGAAUUUGGUUACACACACCCAUAGAGAAAGGUGACAUAGUUAGUGUGUAUGCGAUACGCAAUUCUGCUGGACAGUAUUGUGUGAACAAUAGCUCUGGCUUGCUGGUGCUACGGCCAGAUCACCUGAUAUCCAGCACUAGUGUUGUGGCUGGUGUGUUUUGUAAGCGAAAGGCGAUUUUGCAAGAACGAUGGAGGGGUAUCGAUUCGGCAAACACAGCUAUGACAAUAGGUAUUCUAAUUCACGAGUUAGUACAAAAAGUGUUGACUCAGAACAUUAUGACCAUGGAACGAAUAAGAGCUGAGACCGAUUCCAUAAUAAAGGAGUCUAUACAAAUGCUGUAUGAUGCUGGAUUGACAGAGGAAGAGACUCGCAACAACAUGCAGCAGUAUUUACAGCCACUUGCUAAGUUUAUGCAGGUGUAUGUGGAUCCUAAGUCGAGACAUGCUAUGCAAAAGAAACAUGACAAAGAUAAAUGGAAUGGGCACAUAGAUAAAGUGUUGGAUAUAGAAGAGAAUCUGUGUUGUCCGCAAUUAGGAUUGAAAGGAAAAAUCGAUGCUACAUUACAAGUGACUAUUCACGAUAGGAAAGGUAGUCAGCAGGCCACAGUGCCAUUAGAGCUAAAGAGCGGUAAAGCGUCGAUGUCGGCGGAGCACCGCGGGCAGCUGGUGCUGUACGGCAUGAUGCUGGGCCUGCAGCGCGCUGAGGACCCUACCGCGGCGCUGCAGCGCGGACUGCUGCUCUAUUUGAAAGAUAAUGUGGAGCUAAAGGAAGUGAGCUGCGGAUACCCUGAACGUCGCGACUUGGUAAUGCUGCGGAACCAACUCGUCCAAUACCUCGCCGCGGGCCCUGGUGACGCUUGUCCUGAUCAAUUGACUGACAUAGAAGACGCGGCGGUGUUGUUACAGCAGAGACUGCCGGAGCCCGUGAAUCAUCAUAGCGCUUGCGGCAAAUGUGCCUACCUUACUAUCUGCUCAUUGCAUCUUUGGCAUACAGACGGACCGAGCGUGACUGAAACUCAUCCAUUAUUCAAACUGCGCGGCGAAGCGCUGGGACAUUUGACACCCGCUCAUAUAAAGUACUUCUUGCACUGGACAGCGUUACUCAAGAUGGAGGAAGCUGAGCAGCUGAGAUCAGCUCCGUUGCAAUCCUUAUGGACCGACAGUGCAGAUAAAAGGCAAAAACGCGGUACUUGUGCGGCUUACUUAAAACUUAAAGAUGUGCAACCAGUAGCUGACAGAUACCUCCAUGUAUUUACACCUCAAAACAUUUCAGAUAAUGUGAACAAUGAAGAUGCGAAAAGUCAAAAAGGUCCACAAGAAGGAGAUUUUUCAAUAGUGAGCAUAGACAAUAGACCAUGGAUCGCGGCUGGAGUUGUGUCAGUAGCGAGAGAUGGAGAGGUGCAUAUACUCUUAGAACGUGACCUAAGUCGUCGAUUAAAUAAAAACACCGCGUACCAUAUCGACACAUACGAGUCGUAUGCGACUGUUGUGGCGAAUCUGACCAAUUUAGGAGUUCUUAUUGAAGAUAGCGACAGAGCAGAGAGACUAAGAAGACUAAUAAUAGAUAAAGCAUCGCCAGAAUUCGAUCAAAAACUGCCGAGAGAAGUCGGCCGGCUCGGCUCUAAGCUCAUGCGCACACUCAAUAUAGAACAACAAAGAGCAGUGUUCAAAAUUCUAGCUGCCAGAGAUUACGCCCUUCUGAAAGGAUUGCCGGGAACUGGUAAAACACAAACUAUUAGUGUUCUUAUACAGAUGAUGGUUGCGUUAAAACAGCGUGUGCUUGUGACUGCGCAUACGCAUUCUGCCGUUGACACUGUACUAUCCAGGUUGCCAGAAUCUCUGCGAAUAAUCAGACUCGGCUCAAACGCACGCAUCGCCCAAUCUUUAAAAAAAUGCAGCGAACAAACACUUUUAGAAACAUGUAAAACUACUGCAGAAUUGACUCAGCUUUAUGAUUCAAUGCAAGUGGUGGGCGUGACGUGUUUGGGCGCCGCGCACGCCAUGCUCGCGCGGACUGAAUUCGACGUCUGCAUUGUAGAUGAAGCCACGCAGGUAUUACAAACUACGGUGUUACGUCCAUUGUUCGCCGCCAAACGAUUCGUUCUAGUGGGCGACCCGGAACAACUGCCUCCUGUUGUAAGGAGUCGCAAUUCAAGGCGCCUGGGCAUGGAAGAGAGUCUAUUCCACAGGCUCAUGAGCGAAGAAGCGACAUCUACAAUCAAACUGCAGUACCGUAUGAACCAGGCGUUGGCAGACAUCGCUAAUCUAGUCGCGUAUAAUAAUAGUCUUAAAUGUGCCGACCAGAAAGUGGCGAAAGCAACACUCAAUGUCGAUUUAGAGAAAAUAUCAUUAAAAGACAGUUGGUUGAAGACAGUAUGCAGUCCAGAACCUGACCAUGCAGCGUUAUUUUUAAAUAUGGAAUCGUCAAACAAUACUGGUGAAGGCAAUAACAAAUCGUGCAUUAAUAAAGAAGAGGUGUAUGUGAUUCUUGCCAUUGUAGACGUUUUAAGAGAGGGUGGUGUAAAAGCUAAUGAUAUUGGUAUAAUAGCCCCAUUCCGGGACCAAGUGUCGCUUUUGCGUCGCUCAUUCGUCAAUCAAGGCGUGGAGGUGAGCACUGUCGAUCAGUUCCAGGGCAGGGAUAAGUCUGUGAUCAUAUAUUCAUGUACAAAAAGAGGCUUUGACGAUCGUAAAAUUAAGGAAGGAGAAAUAUUAAACGAUAAUCGUCGGUUGGCUGUGAGCGUCACGAGAGCUAAACACAAACUUAUCAUAGUAGGAAAUUCACAAGCCCUGCAACGGUAUAUACCGCUUCAAAGAUUGAUAAAUGCAUGUAAGACGCUUCAAGUGGAACAAAACGUAAUAAAUAGUUUAAGUAACAAAUAUGAAACGAUUAUUGUGUGAAAAUAGUGAAGUAAACUUGUGAAAUUAUGUGGCAUCUAAUCAUAAUCGUGAUCUUUUUCAUUAUUAAAGUGUUUGAAUUUCA